ACAUUUAGCUGCUUGAGGAUGCACGGGAGGUAUGUGUGCUAUUCCAGCUACCUGUUUUUGGAUCAUGCGUUUAAAUGCGUAUCUGCACCUUCUCUGUAUUUGGUGUAAGCAUUACGUUGAACUGUAUGGACACGCAUAGGUCAUUUCCAGACAACGUGCUCUCGCCUUGACCAGAUGAUAGUCUUCACUUCUCCACCAGGUUGCUAUUGUCCUGUAAACAAAGUGGCUAGCGCGGUUAGCAUCAGCUGUUGAGCCAAGACAAGAGAGAGGUGUGAGAGCACAGUGUGAGAGGAGGUCUUCCCCCCCAAAGAAGUGUCUGCUGGAUUGGACACACUGAGUGGGUGGGUGUGUAAAAAGGGUGGAUGUUUUGUAUGGAUGCACUUGACUGCAUGCAGAAUUAGCAGCCAGGCCUGAUGGAAAAGAGGGACAGAAAGCCAGGAUAUUUUGCAAGGCUGAAGAGGCGGAGACAGCUCAAGCAGAACCAAUCAGAGAAGAAUGUGAAUGAGCAGAGCCCCGUGAUCAUCUCCUGUCCAGACAGCCCGAAUGACAGUGACCCCAACAGGAAGUUGGACCCACAGAAAAUAACAGCAAAGCCUCCUGCUGGCUCAGAUGAUGGCUGUAAAAGUAACAAUCAGGCAAAGAGGGAGAAGAAGAGGCCACCAGGGACCGUGGAGUUCACCGUGGGACCUGAUGAUUCCCUCAACAGCAUCGCACUCAAGUUCAACAUCACCCCAAACAAACUGGUCCAGCUCAACAAGCUUUUCUCUCGCAGUGUUUACACCGGUCAGAAACUGUUUGUUCCUGACGCCAGCCAGUCAGAAACUGACCUGAAACCUCAGAGUUCAGCUGAUACUUCUCUCACGAAUGGUUUGUCAGAGAAAGCAUCACAUGAUGGCAUGUCAAACGGCACGUCAGCCAUCCGGCGUGAGCUCUCUCCCAACUCUGAGGACGAGAGCCCGGCAACGGUUAAAUUCAUCAAGAUGAGCUGCAAAUAUUUCACUGAUGGCAUGGGCGUGGUUGGAGGCGUUCUGAUCGUCACACCGAACAACAUCAUGUUCGACCCCCACAAGUCCGACCCCUUAGUCAUCGAGCACGGUUGCGAGGAGUACGGCUUGAUCUGCCCCAUGGAGGAGGUGGUGUCUGUGGCGCUGUACGACGACGUGUCACGCAUGAAGCUCAAAGAUGCUCUGCCGUCAGAUCUACCCCAGGAUUUGUGUCCUGUGUACAGGCCCGGCGAGUGGGAGCAACUGCCGUCAGAGCGAGAUCUGAACCCCUUCAGCCGCUAUGAAGCUCUUGAUAAGAAGCGGCUGAUCGUUUUGGACGACAUCGAAUCGACCCUUUCAGACACUGGGAGCACAGAGGGGGAGCAGACAGAGAAAUCUCCAUCAGAUGAAGGAUUCACAGACUUGGAGCCCACUGUGAACGGCAGCACUAUGGACUCAGACGGGACGUUCCCAAAAACCUCCCACACUGUCAACAGAGACCCACAGGAACUGGGACCGAGCGGCUCAGACCAGGCAGACUUUCGUGAGAAGCCAAUGCUAUGUCAAACUAAAGGGAAGCUGGAUGAAGAAGAGGACGAGGGCUUAGCUCAAAACAGCUCUGUGGAGGAAGGAGAGUUGAUACAAUCCUCUUUAGAGACUGAAGAACAGGGCGACUCAAAUGAUAAACCCAAAAUCCAAGCGGGAGCUGAAACCAAAGAUGUAAAACCUAAAGGGACAGAAGAGCUGCUAAAUGAUGCACAUGAUGAUCUAAUCAACACACCAGUGGACCAAAACAGGAAGUCCAGUCUGGGAGAGCCACGUGGGAACUCCAGCCUGAAGAGACAAAGCCCAGAGAGACAAGCAGGAGGCGCUGCACUCAGCGAUGAGGAGAGACGGAAGAAGAACUACGAGGCAGAAGUGAAAUCAUGGCUGCUUGAGAGGAUGCAGGCACCAAUAGAAGACAUGCUCCUCUCAUCUGAAGAGAAGAGUAAAAAUCCACCGAUGUUCCUCUGCUUCAAAGUGGGAAAGCCAAUGAGGAAGUCCUUUGCCUCUGGGAUGACCUCUAGUCCUGCCCACUCAUUUGGGGGGCGGGGCAAACAGCCAGAGUACUGGUUUGCUGUGCCACAGGAAAGGGUGGACAAUCUAUAUGGAUUUUUCGUCCAGUGGUCUCCGGAUGUUUACGGGAAGGAGGCUCGAGAGCAGGGCUUCGUUGUUGUGGAGAAAGAUGAGCUGGACAUGAUUGACAACUUCUUCAGUGACCCUGCUUCUUGUAGCUGGGAGAUUAUAACCAUUGAUGAGGCAAAGCGCAGGCAGAGCUUCGGCAGCUAUGAUGCAGACUUGUCUGUAGAGGCUCUGCCCAUACUCAGCGACACCAGUGAUCUGCUGCAGGACACACACAUUGAAAAGCUUGCCUGUCGCCUGCCAGCCCGUGUGCAGGGCUACCCCUGGAGGCUGGCCUACAGCACUGUGAGACACGGGACUAGCAUAAAGACUCUGUACAGGAGUUUGGCAGACGUGGACAGUCCUGUGCUGCUGGUCAUCAAAGACAUGGAUAACCAGAUCUUUGGAGCCUUCUCAACUCAUCCAUUCAGAGUGAGCGAACACUGUUACGGGACAGGAGAGACAUUCCUCUACAGCUUCUGUCCUGAGAUUAAGGUGUACCGCUGGACGGGGGAGAAUUCUUACUUUGUGAAAGGAAACAUUGACUCUCUUCAGCUGGGAGGAGGAGGCGGUCAGCUUGGUCUGUGGCUGGACGCUGAGCUGUACCGAGGCACCACCACCAAAUGCGCCACCUUCAACAACCAGCCGCUCUCAACCCAGCAGGACUUCAACAUCCACAGCUUGGAGGUCUGGACCUUCGAGUAGCUUCAUCUGCUCCAGCUACUUCUGCAUUCACCCUCCACUCCAAACCCUCAGACAACCACUCACACUGAGUCUAUUACGCACCACAUGGAGGCUAACCUAACUAACCCACAAUGGCACUAAAAGUUCUGCGAGAUGAGACAGAAACGUUGACUGAAAAACAAAGUGGAGAGUCCUUCGUGGCCUGUUUUUGGAGGUGGGUUUAUCCUGCAGGUAGGUUUACCAGUUUGUCACUGGUUUAUCCCUCCUGUGUGAAGAAAUGAUGUAGCUCUCAGUUCAUUGGCUGCCUUAGACAUCCGACAACACCUCCAGCUUUCCCAGCAUGCAGACUGCCUUACCACCAAAAAGCUUAUGAGGGGAGAAAGAGGAAAAAGGCUGCUAAUUAUACCCCCCAAGAGGAGCUAAUUUUGAGUGUGUGUGAAAGAAGAAGCUGUAGGGGAUUAGGUGCAGUAAUAAUGGCUGAUGUAAUGAGUAUGUUUGGGAAUGUACAAGACUGUGUACCGGAGAAGUCUGGAGUGGUAUUUUUAAUUAUGAGGAAUUUUUUUAACUCGAAGAAGGUGGAAUUUGUAAGGGAGAUUUUUUGGAUCCUCCACCGUCAGAUGAAGUGCAGGAAAUGUUUCAAAUUGUUUACAACGAGGGCAUCACACCUCUCGCGAAGGCUGUCUUGUUCUCUUAUGUUGAUUUUUUUUUUAUGAGAAAUUUCAUUGCAUUCCCUCACAUUAAACAAUCACAUUCCCCUCGUACAAUCCAAAAUAAGUUUUAAAGCCAGGAAACAUUUGCAAUGACCAAAUAUGUUUUAAAAUCGUAUUUGUUGUGAGUUUGUCAUAUUUUAUAGAAUAUUUUAGAUGUUUUAUUUUUGCAUUUAUUUUUUACAUUGUUUUUACAGAGAAUGCUCAGUUUGUUCUGUUUUUAAAUGGUUUUACUUUUAUUGAAAUGUGUUGAACAUUUCUUUUCUUAUCAGACCCAACAAGCACUAGAAUUAACCGCCGUCAGUAUUGAAUUCAGAUGUCGGUCGCUAAAUUUACCGCUUUAGAUUUCUUUUGUGUUUGUAGUUCAGAGUGAGAGCCGGUAGAAGUCUGACAUGAAGUCAUUUUGCACUACAGGAUCAAUUGAUGAUAAAAGCUGUGCAGCGACCCUGUGUAUUGAAGCAUUUCUUCAAUGUAAAAAUUGUUACUGAAUGUUUAAUCACCACUACAGGAGGUCAAAGGUCGGCCUCUGUUUCACUUAAACACAGGGAAUAAAGGGAUUGUCUGUUUUUGCAUUCAUGCCACUAACUAAAAUUCCACAUCGACUAACAUGAAAAGAAAUGUUAAUUUAUGUCCUUCUUGAAUGUGACACAGGCUUGUAGUGCAUGAAUGUGCAACACUGCAAAUGUAUCACACCACUGUUAUAAAACCGGCCAUACAAUCUCUUCACUAACGCCAGUUAUCGCUUCAUGUGAAAAUGAGCUGUGUCGUGUCUGUAGCUGUUCAGUGUUGUAACUGUGAAUGCUUCCUGAGUAUUAUUUCAUGUGAAUCCAAACUGCUGGUCUGUGACAUCACUAAAUAUCUAUUUAUUGUGUUGUUAUUGCAACCACAUGUAAACCUAAAUAAAUGUUAUAUAUACACAUACACAUUA